AUGAAAAACAAGAGCGAUGUACCGGAGUUGUUUGGCAAUUCCAAGAAAAAUAAUAGCUAUGUUAAAGUCUGUGCUCCUAUGGUGAGGUACAGUAAGGUGCAAUUUAGAACUCUGGUAAAAAACUAUGGAGUGGAUUUGUGCUUCACUCCAAUGGUUUUAGCUGACUCGUUUUGCCAGAAUGGCAAAGCCCGCGCAAGCGAGUUUGCGACUACGAUUACUGACUCUCCUCUGAUCGUGCAAUUUGCAGCCAAUAAUGUAGACGAUUUCGUCGAUGCCUCCACACUCGUCUAUCCUUACGCAGAUGGCGUAGACUUGAAUUGCGGUUGCCCUCAGCGAUGGGCCAUGAAAGAUGGCUAUGGAUGUGCUCUACUGUCCAAACCACAAAUCAUACAAGACAUAGUUAAAGGAGUGAGAAACAGUUUGCCUGAUACUUUUAGUGUGUCCGUCAAGGUGAGGCUACUUAAAGAGAUAAAGAAAACAAUAGAGAUUUGUAGGCAGUUGGAGAAAUGUGGGAUUACUUUCCUGACAGUGCAUGGACGGACACCCGACCAGAAUAGUGCUGGUAUUGUCGAUACUGGCGCCUUAAAAGAUAUUUGCGAAAUUAUAAAAAUACCGGUUAUUGCGAAUGGUGGUGUCAAGACUUUGGGGGAUGCGGAUAAUUUGCAUGCAGCUACAAAUUGUAAUGGAGUGAUGGCUGCAAGUGGCCUGUUAGCCAAUCCUGCUUUGUUUAGUGGUGCAAACAGGACUCCUCUCAGUUGUGUUAAGCAGUGGAUGAGUAUGAAAGACAAGGACAGUGAUAGAAUAUCAUUCCAAUGUUAUCAUCAUCAUUUAGUCUUUAUGCUUGACAAAGUAUUAUCAAAACAGGAGAAGCAAAUUUUUAAUCUUCUCAAUACUUUUGAGAGUGUUGAUGAGUUUUUAUACAAACAUGUUUUUGAAUCAUUAGAUGGCGGUCACAUAGACUUUAAAUACAACUUAGAUGAAUUUGUAGUAUGUGAAUUUUCUGAUGAGAUCACUUUGAAGCAUUCAAAAAAGUGUAGAGCUUGUGGUAAAAGCAUGUAUUACUGUAUAUGUUGUAAAUAUGAUCCUAAUUCUAAGGAUGGGAGUUUUUUUAAUAUGUACAUAAAAGAUAGAGAUGAAUUAGAUUAUAUGGACAGUAACAUAUUUGAUGAAUCUGUGUAAACUUUACUAGAUAUCAAUGUAACAUAACUGUGAUAUUGCUUUUAUUGUAA